CGAAAUUUUGGGGCCUCCCGGACGCUGGCGAUGAUGCCCGAAAGAUCUUUUUUAUCAUCGAGAGGUGCGAUGCUCCCAACUCCCCUCUCCCGACCAGUGUUGGCAACAUAAAUUCCCCCGGAAUCCACCUUUUCCUUCGCCUUGCUCUACGCCCAACUCCUCUCGACUGUCAUCCCAUUCUUGUCCGGGGUGGCGUCCUUCCGUUAAACCACAGUCGCUCGCCGCAUCCCAACCCCCGUGGUCUGGUCCGCACCACGAUCCGGUGGGUUGCGGUAUCCUUGCAAUGAGCUUGACCUCGCGCGUCUUGGGCCUGUUCACGACGACAGAGACACCGUCUACCGAUCCCCCUUCUCCUGCGUCGGCCUCUCAGUUUCCCAACGUUGCUCCUGCUAGCAGUGACCAUGUCUUUCAUUCCGCCGGUCCGAUAAGCGCAUCUAGCGACCAUAAUGCUCAGAAGGCUACGUCCCUUGCGGACGAGGAGGAGCCUCGGCCUCCCUAUCUACAUGCUAUGCUGGCUGGAGGUACCGGUGGUACCUGCGGUGACAUGCUCAUGCAUUCGUUAGAUACGGUGAAGACUCGACAGCAAGGCGAUCCCCACUUCCCUCCGAAAUAUACCUCUAUGACCUCUUCGUAUGCGACCAUCUAUCGACAAGAGGGACUCUUCCGUGGUCUGUACGGUGGUGUGACGCCGGCGCUGUUUGGGUCUUUCCCCGGAACGGUCAUCUUCUUCGGUGUCUAUGAGUUCACCAAGCGGAAGAUGAUAGACUCUGGGAUCAACCCCAAUAUUGCGUACCUGUCUGGAGGUUUCUUCGCCGAUUUGGCUGCCUCCAUCGUCUACGUUCCCUCCGAGGUAUUGAAGACGCGGCUGCAGCUGCAGGGACGCUACAACAACCCGCAUUUCAACUCAGGAUACAACUACCGCUCGACCACGGAUGCUCUACGCACGAUUGUUCGCCAGGAGGGGUUCUCUGCCCUCUUCUACGGAUACCGGGCGACCAUCUAUCGUGACCUUCCCUUCUCGGCCCUGCAGUUCGCAUUCUACGAGCAAGAACAACGGUUGGCGAAGGAAUGGGUGGGCUCGCGAGACAUUGGACUGCCUUUGGAAAUUAUGACUGCGGUUACGGCUGGUGGAAUGGCAGGUGUGAUGACUUGCCCGAUGGACGUUGUCAAGACGCGAAUCCAGACGCAGCAGAACCCGGAAAGCUUGAGCUCGACCAAGUCGGCGGGUGAACCUGCGUCGACGAAGGAGAGCCCGCGCCAGCAUACGUCAUCGCAUACGACGUCCAACCUGCGCACCCACUCGCGACCCAUCUCGACGUCUGGAGCAUCGACCUCGGUCGCGCCGCCCGGAGCUCCCCGUCUGGAUACCUCGUCUUUCUUCACUGGCUUGAAGAUGAUCUACCAGACUGAGGGCAUUGCGGGGUGGUUCCGUGGAGUCGGACCCCGCGGAGUGUGGACCAGUAUUCAAAGUGGAACAAUGCUGGUCAUGUACCAGUACCUUUUGAAGAAACUGGAAGCUUACCAGGGGGUGGAAGACUUGAGCCCUUUGUGAGGGUAAGCUCCUGACUUGCAUUGAAGA